AUGAGCAGCAAAAAGGAGAAGAAAACUGUAACAAAUACAGUUACGAGUACCAACGGAGUACACGAGAAAGAGCCGGAAAAUCCUCAGGAAAUGGAAUUGGAAGAACAGCAAAAAGAUACGCUAAAGACCAAACUGGAUAACGUCAAAGCGGAAAGAGGCGACUUCCCCGCUGUGCAUUUUGCGGCCAAGAAGUCGGAUGUUGAGGUUUGCCGUCAUCUCGUGGAACAGGAGGGCGCCGAUGUAAAUGAAAAAUGCAGAAGAUCUGGCGCCACUCCUCUGCACUACGCUGCCAUGAACGAAACCCACGGAGAUGCUCUGAUCGACUACCUCAUUGAGAAAAGAUGCGAUCUUUCUGAGAAAGAUUAUCGAAAUAAAAGGGCUAUUGAUUAUGCUCUUAAAGUUGGAAAUUUCAAUAUCGCCAUCAAAUUGUUCCAGCUAUCACAGAGUCAUCUAGAACCUGAAAAUAGAUGGAGCUUGCUACGCUUUUCUAUAAGGAAAAACCACUUAAAAUUUGCUAAAUUCGUCUCUAAAGACGAUAUGAAGUUUCGCAAGGAUCCGGAAUAUGAUCUUGAAAUUCUUCUGACAGCAUGCAUGUAUGGAGAGUUGGCGAUCAUCAAGUGGUUGUUUGAAGAUAUCGAAAUACACGUCAGGUGGAUUUGGGGAGACGGAUUGAAAAACAAAAUUCUUUGCCAUGCAGCUGCGAACAGAUACCGUGCAAGAGACAUCCUUCAAUAUCUGUUCUCAGUGUUCCAACUCUCCUCUGAUGAACAAAGAAAUGCUUUUGGGAACGCUCUUGUGUCAGCAAUUCAAGGACUACCUUUCAAUGCUGUAAAAGCAGAAGAGUUUAUUCAGUUGUUAGGCAGUAAUGUUAGGCUCAAAAUAUCAGGAUUUACUUUGAUGCAUCACGCCGCGAAAAACAGUGUAGCCGCAUUGGAGUUUGUGCACAAUAAGGACGCAAGCCUGAUCAACGAGGUCAGUGACGAUGGUGCCACAGUUCUCCAUCUCGCUGCAAUGUUUGGAAACGUGGACAUGUGCCGAUGGUUGAUCGAUCACGAACAAGACAUCUACGCCGUGAACAAAAACAAUGAUGGAACUUUCCUCCAUUACGCUGCUCAGAACGUGUGUAAUGGAGACGUGAUCAUUAAAAAAUUUGGACGCAAACUCCGCGACAUUGUGAACCAAAUCGACAAAUACUUGUAUACUCCUCUUCAUUGGGUCUUGGUCAGCAAAUAUAGUGCAAAUAAAAACGCCAAAGCUUUACUAAGCUAUGGUGCCGAUUUGAGCGUGAGAAAAAAGGGAAACAACUUUCUUCACUUCUGCAUCGUUAAGGGCAAGUUAAAGAGUGCCAAAUUCGUGCACGCCAUGGACAAAGAUCUGAUCAAGCAAAGGGGAGAGGGAGGAAAAACCACACUGCACCUUGCUGCCGACCACUUUAAUGAAAAAAUCUGCUUAUGGCUAGUGAGUGAGGGAGCUGAUCCUCGAGAAACUACCGUUGGAGGAAAAACUGUGCUAGAAUCCACUUGCAGUGAGGAGGCCAAGAUGUUUCUCCGAUCGUUGAUCACAACCAAGAAAUAG